AUGCUUUCAUGGGAAUUGCAGGUGAAGGAUCUGAACUACGAUCAUAUCUGCCAUUUCGUAGGUGCUUGCAUUGAACCGCAGCACCUUUGCCUGGUCUACGAGUAUUGUCCCAAGGGGAGUCUCAAAGAUGUCUUAGAGGAUGAACAGAUCAAGCUGGACUGGAUGUUUAAAUUCUCCCUCAUGCAAGACAUCUGUCGGGGUAUGAUAUAUCUCCACCACAAUCUGGGCCCUCAUGGCAAACUGAAGAGCACCAACUGUAUGGUGGAUUCCCGCUUUUCCCUAAAGAUCACUGAUUUUGAUUUGCAUCUUCUGCGAGGACCACCUCAUGAGUCCAAGGAUCCGACUACCCGUUAUCGAAAAGGUCGCUACAAAACUCAAGGGCUGUUACGUAAUCUAGGCUUUGUAAUGUCGAAUCUGCAAAGUGAAUGUUUCGUUGCUGCUUACGAUGAGACUGUUCUUGAUGCUCUGGCGCUCCAUAAUCCGGGUUACUCGAAUGGUCGAUCUGUGUUGACAACGAAAUUAUCGGCGAUAAAGUUCGAUCCCUUUGAAAACUCCAUUCCAUCUCCAUCAUGGGAUGCUAUCGAAAUAACCGAUAGUAGUUAG